UCACAUCAUGGCGGCGGCGCGGCUUUCUCGUCUCUGCCUUUGGGCUGCUCUGCUUCUCCCUGCGGCCGCGGUCUAUGAAGACCAAGUGGGCAAGUUUGACUGGAGACAGCAGUAUGUUGGGAAGCUCAAGUUUGCCUCCUUGGAGUUUUCCCCUGGAUCCAAGAAGUUGGUUGUGGCCACAGAGAAGAAUGUGAUUGCAGCGUUAAAUUCUCGCACUGGAGAGAUUUUGUGGCGCCAUGUUGACAAGGGCACAGCAGAAGGGGUUGUGGACGCCAUGCUGCUCCACGGACAGGAUGCCAUCACUGUGUCCAAUGGAGGCCGAAUCAUGCGUUCCUGGGAGACUAACAUCGGGGGCCUGAACUGGGAGAUAAGCUUGGACAGUGGCAGUUUCCAGGCGCUUGGGCUGGUUGGCCUGCAGGAGUCAGUGAGGUAUGUUGCGGUCCUGAAGAAGACCACUCUUGCCCUCCAUCACCUCUCCAGUGGGCACCUGAAGUGGUCGGAACAUCUCCCAGAAAGUGACAGCAUCCACUACCAGAUGGUGUAUUCCUACGGCUCUGGAGUGGUGUGGGCCCUCGGAGUUGUUCCCUUCAGCCAUGUGAACAUUGUCAAGUUUAAUGUGGAAGAUGGAGAGAUUGUUCAGCAGGUCAGGGUUUCAACUCCGUGGCUGGAACGUCUCACUGGAACCUGUGGCGUGGUUAAUGAAGCUGUCCUGGUGUGUCCUGACCCGAGCUCACGUUCCCUCCAAACUUUGGCCCUGGAGACGGAGUGGGAGUUGAGGCAGAUCCCACUGCAGUCUCUCAACUUGGACUUUGGAAGUGGAUUCCAACCCCAGGUCCUGCCCACACAACCCAACCCAGUGGAUCCUUCUCGGGCCCAGUUCUUCCUGCAGUUGUCCCCAAGCCACUAUGCUCUGCUGCGUUACCAUCACGGGGUCCUGAGUUUGCUCAAAAACUUCCCACAGACUGCCCUAGUGAGCUUCGCCACCACUGGGGAGAAGACAGUGGCUGCAGUCAUGACCUGUCGGAAUGAAGCGCAGAAACCUAGCAGUUCUGAAGAUGGGUCCGUGGGGAGCUUUUCCGAGAAAUCUAGCCCAAAGGACUCGCUGGCUUGCUUCAACCAGACCUACACUAUUAACCUCUACUUAGUAGAGACAGGUCGGCGGCUGCUGGACACAGCAGUUACAUUUAGCCUGGAACAGAAUGGCACUCGGCCUGAACGGCUCUACAUCCAAGUGUUCUUGAAGAAGGAUGACUCAGUGGGCUACCGGGCCUUGGUGCAGACAGAGGAUCAUCUGCUAUUUUUCCUGCAGCAGCUGGCAGGAAAGGUGGUGCUGUGGAGUCGCGAGGAGUCCCUGGCAGAAGUGGUGUGCCUGGAGAUGGUGGACCUCCCAUUGACUGGCGCACAGGCUGAGCUGGAAGGGGAAUUUGGCAAGAAGGCAGAUGGCUUGUUGGGGAUGUUCCUGAAACGUCUCUCGUCUCAGCUCAUCCUGCUACAGGCGUGGACAUCUCACCUCUGGAAAAUGUUCUAUGAUGCUCGGAAGCCCCGAAGUCAAAUUAAGAAUGAGAUCAACAUCGACACCCUGGCCAGAGAUGAAUUCAACCUCCAGAAGAUGAUGGUGAUGGUAACAGCCUCAGGCAAGCUUUUUGGCAUUGAGAGCAGCUCUGGCACCGUCCUGUGGAAGCAGUACCUACCCAAUGUCAAGCCAGACUCCUCCUUUAAACUGAUGGUCCAGAGAACUACGGCUCACUUCCCCCACCCCCCACAGUGCACCCUUCUGGUAAAGGACAAGGAGACGGGCAUGAGUUCUCUGUAUGUCUUCAAUCCCAUUUUUGGGAAGUGGAGUCAGGUGGCUCCCCCAGUGCUGAAGCGCCCAAUCUUGCAGUCCUUGCUUCUCCCAAUCAUGGAUCAAGACUAUGCCAAGGUGUUGCUGUUGAUAGAUGAUGAGUACAAGGUCACAGCUUUCCCACCCACUCGGAAUGUCUUGCGACAGCUACAUGAGCUUGCUCCUUCCAUCUUCUUCUAUCUGGUGGAUGCAGAGCAGGGACGACUAUGUGGAUAUCGGCUUCGAAAGGAUCUUACUACUGAACUGAGUUGGGAGCUGACUAUUCCUCCAGAAGUACAGCGGAUUGUCAAGGUGAAGGGGAAACGCAGCAGCGAGCAUGUUCAUUCCCAAGGCCGUGUGAUGGGGGACCGCAGUGUGCUCUACAAGAGCCUGAACCCCAACCUGCUGGCCGUGGUGACAGAGAGCACAGAUGUACACCAUGAGCGCACCUUUAUUGGCAUCUUCCUCAUUGAUGGUGUCACUGGGCGCAUCAUCCACUCCUCUGUGCAGAAGAAAGCCAGGGGCCCCGUCCACAUCGUGCACUCGGAGAACUGGGUGGUGUACCAGUACUGGAAUACCAAGGCUCGGCGCAAUGAGUUUACUGCACUGGAGCUCUACGAGGGUACCGAGCAAUACAAUGCCACUGCCUUCAGCUCCCUGGACCGUCCCCAGCUGCCUCAGGUCCUCCAGCAGUCCUACAUCUUCCCCUCUUCCAUCAGUGCCAUGGAAGCCACCAUCACUGAGCGGGGCAUCACCAGCCGACACCUGCUUAUUGGGCUACCUUCUGGAGCAAUUCUUUCCCUUCCUAAGGCCUUGCUGGAUCCCCGCCGUCCUGAGAUCCCAACAGAACAAAGCAGAGAGGAGAAUCUAAUCCCGUAUUCUCCAGAUGUACAGAUACACGCAGAGCGAUUCAUCAAUUAUAACCAGACAGUUUCCCGAAUGCGAGGUAUCUACACAGCUCCCUCAGGUCUGGAAUCCACUUGUUUGGUUGUGGCCUAUGGUUUGGACAUCUAUCAGACUCGAGUCUACCCAUCCAAACAGUUUGAUGUUCUGAAGGAUGACUAUGACUACGUGUUAAUCAGCAGUGUCCUCUUUGGCCUGGUUUUUGCCACCAUGAUCACUAAGAGACUGGCCCAGGUGAAACUCCUGAAUCGUGCUUGGCGGUAAAGACCAAAGACUCCAAGCCAGAGAGUGGAGAGAGGGGGAGUGUGGGUCGGAUAAGAAGCAACAGCUGCAGUUUGCAGAUCAGUGGAGUGUGUGUUGGGUGCUCAUCUCAGUUGAGAGUUGUGAGGAAGAAGAUGAACCGUCAUGUAGAACUUCUUUUGGGAUACACAUGAUGCAGAAUACUAUCAUGGUAGAGACUGAACUCACUCUCUCAGCUGAGGAUCUCAAAACAGCUUGAUGGACUUUUCCCGUGAAGUCCAAAGACUGCUACGCCAUUUCUUUUCUUUGCCCAUCCAUGAAUGUUCUGUUUUUUUUGUUUUUUUUAAUAAGACCUCCAACUGAUUUUUCUCUUUUGUGAGGCCUGUUUAAAUUGAUUUUAGUUUUCUGUGUUUCCUAGUUUUAUCUAGAAAUCCUUCUGACUUUUUCCCUGCCUCUUGCAAGAAGUCAGAAGUUUUUCUUGUCACCUCCACCUUAUAGGUGCAUUUGCUGUUUUACCUGGGAGAGACACAGGAUCCAUCCCUAGCUGAGGUUUGAGGACUGAUUGAGCCUCUUAUGGCUCUGCUUCGGAGUAACCAAGGGUUGAGGAAUCUAUAUAUAGUGUCAAAACUAAUUUUAACUAAGCCUCUAGUUUCAUGCUCUCAUUAUGAGGUUGGGUCACCAGCCUUUGUCUCAGUUUAUGAAAAGCCAGGUGUAUAAUAGCGCCUUGGUUUGUUGGUCAUUGCCUAUGCUUUUCACCUGAGAUGUGUCAGAACCGAGGCCUUUUUAAAACUACUGAAUGCCUGAACCUCAAAGAUUUCAAGGGAGGAGAAUCUGCCUGUUUCACAGUAACUUGUAGUCUCUCGUUUCACCCACAGGCUGGUCUAGUCAUAAUGUAGUUAGAGAAAGGUGUCCUUAAGAACCCCAUUAUUUAUUUUUAGUUUUAGAUAUAAAUUAACAUGUGGGUUAUUAUGUUUCUCUUUAAAUGAGAUUUAAAAUCUUAUUGAUCUAACGUUUGAAGCUUUAAAAAAGGGAAGAAAAAGGGUAGGGAUGGGAAAGUGGUGUAUUAAGGGCUUAGCUUUGCUGAUGGGCAGGGCUGCUGAGUCUCUACUACAAAUUGAAGAAAUCCUAAAAGUCUUCUCUUGUUCAUGGAUUUGGGGAAUGAUGGAAUUUUGUGUGUGUGUGUGUGUGUGUGUGUGUGCGUGCGUGCGUGCGUGCGUGCGUGCGUGCGUGGCUGGCCGGUACAGGGAUCCGAACCUUUGACCUUGGUGUGGAAUUUUUCUUAAACGUGAAGAAUGAGCUUCAGAGAGUAGACCGUCUCUAGCCCUGUGGUGAGAGGGGUGCACUCAAGUGUCUGAAUAAAGCAAAUGAUGAAUGACACUGAUCUAAGUCCUUUUUUGUGUCUUAGGAAGAUAACUCUGAAGGUACUUUUGCAUUAGAGGGGGAAAAGCAGUGCAGAAAUGGAGUGUUUUUUAGUAAGGAAACAUGCCAAUUUAAUCAUAUGACUUGGUUUAGGCUACUUUAAAACAAAACUUUUCAUCUUUCUGUGGUCAUAUGCUGAUGGUAGAUUAUGGUAGAGAAGGAGGAAAUAUGAUCAUUUUACAUUAAUAGUAAAAUUGUCAAACUGACAUCAAUGGGCAAAUGAACAUCUAAGUAUCUACAGAAUAAAACAGGAAUCUGUUCAUCCUAACCCCAAGGCGUAUUUUGUUUAAGAGACCUGGGAAUAAGUACAAGUUUAAAAAAAAUUCUGCCCUAGUUUUGAGAAAGCCGGGCAGGAAUUCUGACUGUCUUAUAUGUGCAAGCUGCAUAACAAGAUAUUGUCUGGCUGCCUGUUCUGCUUGCACAGCCCAACUAAUCUGCAAGAUCCUAGUUUUCAUUUAUUUAAGUGCCAGAAUCUGAAAGAACAAACUAAUGGGAGGGGAGUUAUCUGCCCUUUCAUAAAAGUCCCUAAAGUGUUUUGGCCUUAAUCAUUACCAUUUUACUGAAAGUUACCACAAAGCAUGUGCUUAAAAUAGUUUAUGCUAAUACCAGUCAAAUCUAAGUCUUCUCUUAGUUCUCAACCUUCCAUAAUCUUAAAGCAGCAUUUGAUUCUCAUCAGCUACGCUCAGCUUCCACUUCUGGCUUCUGAGCAGCAUGUUUUCUCUCUCAGUUCUUGGAUAUAUUUGCUUUCUUGUCUUCCUCUUUUUCUGUGCAUAUCCCUUGAGCCAUCUCCCCUUAACCUUCAUUAGUUAGGUUAAUUUUCCCCCUCCCCCAAUGUUUUUCUCAAAAAGGGCAAUUCCUCAGUAUUUUCUAGGCCAUUUUUAAAACUUAGUUUGAUCAACCUGCAAGAUCUUUUGGCUUAACACUUUGCAGCUGUAAGGUAAAUGUGGACAUAGACCUAUUUCCCCCUCUGCCUGGGAAACUACCCCUAGCCAAGGUAGUUACCCGAGGAAAGGCAUGUCUCCUUUAAGACAAAUGGAGAACUGUAGGAAGCAGGAGCCCUUAGUAAGUUAAUUAGCAUGUAAAUGUAGUUAACACACUAGUGUUAACUACUCUGGCACCAGGAGGGUAGCAAGUAAGUUAACUUACCUACUUAGCCAGAUCUCCCGUGCACACCCUGAGUUGGGUGAGAGUCUGUACAUAAGCAUGCACUCUCCUUUGAUCUGUUCACUAUAUAACUUUUGUAUGUACCCCAUGGUGGUGCAGAUUUCUAGCUAACCAGCUGCCACCAGCACCUCCCCUUAGUUUAAUAAACUGAUGUCUCUACCUAUUACAAUACCGGGUGAGUUUCUUUGGAAUAGGUAAACACUGUGCAAGUGCCCUUUCAGAUUUGGGGCUCCCGUGAUACAGCAGCUAAAUAACUUAGUGAUUCUGAGUCUCUGUUGGCAAUAAUGUAAAAUUUUCCUUAGCCUUUGACUUGAAAUAGGAAUCAAUUAUUGGGGAAUGUGCAUGAAUUAAAUACAGAAUUCUUGUUAUAACAGAAGGUUCAGGGUCAGUAAGAACCCUUUUGGUUGGUAUCUGUGUGUGUGUGUAAGGAAAAUGGAAAAUGGUCAGGCUCCAUCAGCUGUUUGGAAUAUUGCUGGGCAUGACCUAGCCUGUUUGAUGUAAAUAUGUUAACUGCAUAUGUGCACCCAGGUGUUCCUUGGUUAUCUGACAAGUAUAAAGGACAAAUGACUUUGAUCCACAGUGACCCUAGGACACCCCCGGGAGGCCACCAGGUGUCUGCUGCAGGAUCUGCUAGAGGCUGUUGCUGCUGAGGAGGGGGCUGAGAGGGCUGAGAUUGCGUCCAAAUAAAGCAUGUUAACCUUG